AACACCAACACAGCGAGAGAGGAGCCCAUUCUCCCAACACAUCAUCAUCUGAACUGGCUGCACACAGGUGAUAUUAGACAAAAAUUUAUGAUUAUUUGUUCCAAAUAUUUGUGUGUGCUCAUCACCAUUUAAAAGAUAAAUACGUGGCACUCCACUCUCCUCUCUCCGCUCGCGACUCUUUGUGUGCUAAUUUUUUUUCACUUAUUUUUAGUGGAAGUGUGAGGAGUGAGUGUGUGAUUUUUUUGUGGAAAAGUGUGUGUUUUUCUGGAGGAGUGGAUUUUUUUUGGAUUCGUUGUCGAUUCUACAAGGAAAUUAUCAGUUGGCGGAGAAGCAGCUGACCUUCUUCCUCCUCUCCCACCCUCACACAUAUCACUCCAUACAUAUGACCCACCCAUCGUCGCCACUCCUCACCACCUGCACCUUCACCACCCCCUAAAUAAAAAUGUCCCUCCGCCGCCUGCUCCUCACCUCCCCCUUAUCAACCCUCCUCUUCGCACGCCGUGGCCUUUUCCUCAAACUAAUCCUCCUCCUCCCGCUCCUCCUUUUUUUCAUCCUCAUCACCACAAACAAAUUACCAAACCUGGACCCUCCACCCCACCAAAAUCAUCCUCACAACGAACCACUAAUCCAACAACACAACAACAACGAAUUAGGCUUGGGUGAGUCCAACAACGAAAAAGAACUGAACGUCCUCGCCCCGCCAGGCGACAACCCCGGAGAGAACGGGAAACCUUACAAACCCACUAAUUUAACAGAGGCGCAAAAGAAGUUAGUGGGAGAAGGGUGGAAAAACAAUGCUUUCAACCAGUUUGUCAGUGAUUUGAUCUCGGUCAAGAGGAAUUUGCCGGACCCAAGGGAUCAGUGGUGCAAGGACCAGGACUACUACACCUCCACGGAAACCCCCAAACUCUCCCCCACCUCGGUAAUAAUCUGUUUCCACAACGAAGCGUGGUCAGUCCUCCUCCGCUCCGUCCACUCCGUCCUCGACCGCUCACCUCCCUCCCUCAUCACGGAGGUGAUUCUGGUCGACGACUUUUCAGACAUGCCCCACCUCGCUGCUCCACUGGAGAAUUACUUCAAGGCCUUUCCCAAGGUGAAGAUCGUCCGGGCGGGGAAAAGGGAGGGGCUCAUCCGCGCCCGCCUGCUCGGGGCAGACGCCGCCACGGGCCCAAUCCUCACCUUCUUGGACUCACAUAUCGAAGCCACCACUGGGUGGUUGGAACCACUCCUCUCACGAAUCACCACCAACCCCACGACGGUCGUCUGCCCCGUGAUCGACGUGAUAGACGACGACACUUUGGAGUAUCACUAUUCCGAUUCUAAAGGGACUUCCGUCGGGGGUUUCGACUGGAACCUGCAGUUCACUUGGCAUGCCAUUCCGGAGGUGGAGAGAAAACGCCGCCGGAACUCCGCCGAGCCCGUCAACUCCCCGACGAUGGCCGGAGGCUUAUUCUCCAUCGACUCUGCCUUUUUCACCAAAUUGGGAAAGUACGACGAUGGGUUUGACAUUUGGGGGGGAGAGAAUUUGGAGAUUUCUUUUAAGACGUGGAUGUGCGGGGGGACGUUGGAGAUAAUCCCGUGCAGUCACGUGGGUCACAUAUUCCGGAAGCGGUCGCCUUACAAGUGGCGGUCGGGGGUGAACGUGCUCCGGAGGAAUUCCGUCAGACUGGCCGAGGUCUGGAUGGACGAGUACAAAGAAUAUUAUUAUCAGAGGAUUGGCCAUGAUUUGGGCCAGUACGGAGACAUAUCAUCGCGGAAAUCACUGCGUAAAAAUUUAGGGUGCAAAUCAUUCCGUUGGUUUUUGGACACGAUUUAUCCGGAACUCUUCAUUCCCGGGGAGGCCGUCGCCCAUGGCGAGAUUCGAAACCUGGGUCUUGGUGGGUCCACGUGCUUGGAUUCCCCCGCCACUAAAAAACAAAUGAAUAAACCCGUCGGGCUUUAUCCUUGCCAUGGCCAAGGGGGCAACCAGUACUGGUCAUAUUCGAAAACUGGUGAGAUCCGCCGUGACGAAAUGUGCGUGGACUACGCCGGAACGGACGUCAUGAUUUAUCCCUGCCACGGAUCGCUAGGCAACCAACAGUGGAUUUUCGAGGAGGACACGCACCACGUCCGUCACGGCCCCUCCCGGAAAUGCCUCGCUAUAAAAACCAAAGAAAAGCUCGUCAUGGAAACGUGUGAUGAAAACGAGGAUCGGCACAAAUGGAAAUUCGAAAAUUACGAUAAAUCUAAAUUAUAGAAAACGGGGAAAAAAAGUCAAAAUUUAACUGUGAUCUUGCAUAUCUUUUUUUUUUUGUAAAUCGUUGUUAUGGUGAUGGUAUUGUUGUUACUACUACGCGUGUGCUUUUAUAAAUGUCUAGUCCUUCUGGUAAUUUCUUUUUUUUAUUAAUUAAUAAAAACAAACUUUUUAAAAA